AUGAAUCGCAUCUUUGGGAAGAAGAAACCGGAGGCGCCGGCUGUCAACAUUGCCGACGUGCAUGGCCGCGUCGAGGGCCGCGUCGACAACCUCGACACCAAGAUUGACAAGCUGGAGCAAGAGCUCAAAAAGUACAAGGAGCAGAUGACCAAGGCGCGAGGUCCGGCGCUCGCAUCGAUCAAGCAGCGCGCGCUCCAGACGCUCAAGCGCAAGAAGAUGUACGAGCAGCAGCGCGACAGCCUCUCGGCGCAGUCGUUCAACAUUGAGCAGGCGACGUUUGCGAUCGAGACGGCCAAGGACUCGCUCGAUACGGUCUCGGCGAUGAAGACGGCGACGGCGCAGCUCAAGGCCGAGCACAAGAAAUUCAACUUUGAAGAGCUCGAGAAUACGCAAGACGACAUGGCUGACCUCCUCGAAGACAUGAACGAGAUCCAAGAUAUCUUGGGCCGGUCGUAUGGCAUUGGCCAAGACAUUGACGAGUCGGAGCUUGAGGCGGAGCUCGAAGGCCUCGAAGACGAGUGGGCGAUGGAAGAAGCGGCAGCGCCCGUCGACGCGACGCCGUCGUACCUCGCGCAGGAUCUGCCCGCGGCGCCGACGACCGCGACGGACCGGAAGGAGCAACGCAACCCAAUGGUCGACGAGUACGGUCUCCCGCUCGCCCCGAUCGCAAUGCACUAA